UGGAAUGUCCGGAGCAUUCACUCCCCCCGUACACACACACAGAGAGAGACACACACUAGCACCACUUAUUCUUCUCCUUUUAACUCUCUGCUGCUCUCAAAGAAUCCUCUCUGAAGCUUUCACUUUUAGUAUAUGACCCACUGUGUCCUCAAGCGUUUCUAUAUUCACCAUCUCCUCCGAUUUCUGACCAAACAAGAGGAAAUAAUGUUUUCCUGUCGUGUAUUUGUGGCUCUUUCUUUUAUGGUGACCUUCCUGCGCACUGUCUCCAGCUGUGAUAAUAACUGUACAAAUAGACCUUUCUUCAUCCCGUCCCGCCUGGUGGUGAAGCGAGGUGACUCGACCACCGCGGCGUGCCAUCUGUGCUCGUCUUGCCAGGACAAUAAUUUCAUGUUGGAAUUCCCUGAGGGAAAACAAAGCCGCAACGGGACCGUGAUUUCAUGGAUGUCUCCGAAAAUGACUGAAUGGGGCAGAUCUGUUUUGUGUUACUAUACUAAUAAGAAUACUAACAAGACGUGCUGCAGCGAGCUGCCUGUGACUGUUUACAAGCCUCCAGACAGUGUGACAAUCGGCUUUGCAAAUCACUCUGGGCAGAUGUACGAGGCUCGUCAGUACACUCUACAGUGUGAAGUGCACAACGUUGGUCCUGCUCGAUACGUCAGAGUGGCCUUCUACAGAGGGAGCACGCUGCUUGAGCGACUACCGGCAAAGAACUCUGUUAAAGAAGCCUCCGAGAAUGUGAUCUACACUCUGAACGUCAACGCCAGUAAAGAAGAUGACGGAGUCCAGUACAGUUGUGAAGCCAUGCUGGAGCUGGGACCUGAGGGACCACAGAAGCCUCCAGUGAUGACGUCACAAACCUUCACCGCCACUGUCCACUAUAAGCCUCAGCUACAGGAACCCUCACCUCCAGAUCAGAUCACCGUCACACAAGGAGACACUCUCCAGAUGAACUGCAUGGCUGAGGGAAACCCCCACCCCUCGUACAGCUGGAGGUUCCUGCCUGGGAGUCUCCCGCUCUCCAACAGCAGCGUUCUCAUCAUCAAGUCAGCGGCUUUUGGGAACCAAGGAAACUACACCUGUUCUGUCAGCAAUGGUGUGGGGACACUCACUGUGAAUUUCAACGUAGUUGUCAAAGCAAACAUUAUCCCUUACAUUGCAAUACCCAUUGCCGUAGUUCUGGCUGUAAUAAUAAUAAUAAUAAUUGGAGGAGUCUUCCAUUGGUACAGACAGAGCCGAAGCGGACAGUACAACCUGAGGGCUGUUUUUCAUCUAAAUAAACCACACGUCGCCGUGCCCAUUACAGAGUAA